AAAAUCUGCUCUCGCCAAAGUCGAACCUGUUGAAGAAGAAAAGGCACACUUCCAAACUUCAAUAAAUAAACAAGAGCUGUUGUUAAACAAACCAGAUUUGAACGUUCUUCAUACUUUGCCUAUAGUAUAGGUACUUCCAAAGAGUGAAAUGCUGGUGGUGCGGUGUUUACGGAGGGUGUUGGUGGCCAAUGUUGGGCCACACAGCCAACAUAAUAUACAACGAUCCUUCCAUGCUGCAGCCAAGCUGCAUUCACCAAUGGUACCCAUUGUUAUCGAACAAACGGGUCGAGGGGAGAGAGCCUAUGAUAUAUAUUCAAGGUUACUGAAGGAACGCAUCAUAUGUCUCAUGGGUCCUAUUGAUGACACAAUAUCCAGCCUGGUGGUGGCCCAGAUGCUAUUCCUUCAAUCAGAGAGUAACAAGAAACCAAUCCAUAUGUACAUCAACAGUCCAGGUGGUUCAGUAACGGCGGGCUUGGGCAUUUACGACACAAUGCAGUACGUCCUACCACCCAUCUCCACAUGGUGCGUGGGGCAGGCCUGCAGUAUGGCCUCCCUCCUGCUAGCAGCAGGCACGCCGGGGAUGCGAUACAGCCUCCCUAACUCCAGGGUCAUGGUUCACCAACCAUCGGGUCAAGCAGCGGGCCAAGCCACUGAUAUUCAGAUACAGGCAGAGGAAAUCCUGAAGAUUAAAGCCAACAUUAACAAGCUGUAUGUCAAACACACAAAGCAACAACUAGAAGCAAUAGAGUCGGCGAUGGAGAGAGAUCGCUUCAUGAGUCCAGAGGAGGCCAAGGUGUUUGGGAUUAUUGACAAGGUGCUGGAGCAUCCUCCACUCCCAGGAGAAGACGAUCCCAAAGAGGAUGGCAGCAAAUGAUGACAGCGAAAAACAAAUAUUCUUUUUGUACUGAGGACUUUCAAUGUGCUUUUCGACCCCUCACUCUGACCAAAAAAAAAAUAUUUAAAGGUGACACCAGAAAUCCCUAUGCCUAAAAGAUUACAGUGGAUACCUUAACCCAUGUACCACCCCUAAAGACCCUGCCUGUUACUCCCUGUACAGCCACAAACCGCGCCAGCACUACAAUGGUUUAAAUGGAUUUAAGUUGCGGGUGGCAUUACGUUUCAAUCCGUGAAGACAUUCAUUCAUUUGCACACCAGUUUUCAUCAGUUGCUAUGUUACUAUUAAGCGCUCCAGAGUCAGACACCAUUGAGUUUCAAGAAAAUGGGUCUGGGAGUUAGAUAAGCCGAUGUAAAACAUGCCUGUAUGUCAGCAUCCACCUAUAAAUACUAUUAGUUAUCUCACGAGCGCGAUAAUGCUCCAUGUAGUACAGUGCUCAUUGGUCAGUGACAGCUGGCAACAUGUUGCUUAUUUUUUUGGUGAAUGAAAGUGCCAGUACCUCACAGUUGCUAAAAGUACAUGUUGUAACACCCUUUAUCACUCUUAACCAUUUUUUUUACAAAUGAAACAAACUUUUUCAGAAAAACAGAAUCCUGUUUCCCCCCCCCCCCCCUCCAACCCCAAACCUGGUCGAGACGUCUCUACUAGCAGAUAGGAUGUCAUGGGUUCGAGCCCAACUCGAUUUAGCUUGUGAAUAAUUUCCUCACAUGCUCUUGGAAUAAUGUUGUGCAAACCCGACCCGAAACCACAACCGACUUUGGGUCGUUUUCCCAUCAUUUCAGUCUGGUCGAAUCGGGUCGGUUUUCCUUGAAUUUUUGUUGGGUCGUGUCGGGCUGGGUCAGAUUUAGGGAAUUCAGAUCGGGUUCGGAACGGAUUUGGUUUAUAUCAAUGUUUUGGGUCGGUUUGGCUGGUCAACCCGAUCCGAUGCACAACAUCAUCUUGGAACAAACUGAGCAUAAUCAAGUCCACAGAAAAGCCAUUGCAAAUUCCUCCAAAAGACAAAAUAAACUCACUAAACAACAUGGUAAAGAUGUGAAAAACAAACAGAGUCAGCCAAUUCAAUGAGAGAUUAUUAAAUGAGGCAUUUUAUUUACAA